AUGCUUUCCAUCCUCAAAACCGCCGUCCUCUUCGCAUCUCUCGCGGCUGCCAAAGACUACGAGCGUCCGGGCUGCGUCUCAGGGGCCCAUGUAAUCGUCGCCAGAGGCAGUCUCGAAGCUCAGGGCCCAGGCAUCAUUGGAGAAGUCGCCGAAAAGAUCUUGAAUCGAAUUCCAGACUCUGACAUAGUUUCUCUUGUGUAUCCGGCCCAGUACGAUCCUUAUGAGCCGUCUCAGACAGAGGGCGUGAGAACCCUGACUGAGGUUGUCAACAAGUAUGCCAAGGCUUGUCCCAAGACUAAGAUGAUACUCCUUGGUUUCUCGCAGGGUGCUCAUAUCAUUGCCGAUGUCAUGUGCGGCACCAGCUCCGAAGGCUUUCCAGCUACAAAGCCACAGCCGCCCAAGGUUUCUAACAAGGUCGCUGCAUUGGUCCUGAUGGGCGACCCAAGCACCACCGAAGGCCAACCCUUCCACACGGGAAGCAGCCAGGGCAACGGUAUCUUCCCGCGCCAGCGACCAGGCGGCUGCCAAUGCAUCUCCCACAAGACCGUCUCGUUCUGCGACGCCGGUGACCCCUUCUGCGAAGCAGGAAGUCAUGAUCUGGCCGUCCACAUGAACUAUGUGGUUGCCUACGGAGAUAUCGCUGCUGAUUUUGCUGUUUCCAUGUUUCACCGCGCCUGA